GGUACUACACACUGCGUGAGUAAUGGUGCGUCGCAUAUUCGCUGUUUUCUUCUUGUUGACCUGUGCAGCGCUAGGGUCGAUCUCCGAGGAACCGUCUCAUCCAUCGGUGAAGUGUGGUAAUGGACCACUGUUAUUCAACUCUGAUGGAAACAUUAUUUCUCACAAAGGUUACGGUACCGACUAUCUCAAUGGUCCAAUGGAUUGCUUCUGGCUCAUUCACGUUCCACCUACAAAUGGUAUCUUGGUGCAGUCAGUGACCUUUAACAUCUCGGACAAAGGCGAUGAUUGCUCUGACAAUUACUUCGCUGCAUUCGAGGAUGAUCCGGAUGCUCUGGGUCAAAACGUCACUUCUCUCGAUCGGGUGUUUGCACGUCCAAUCGGACGUUUUUGUGGCGCAAAUUCGUUCCGUGUUUUGACUGAAUCAAACCGAUUACUAUUGGUGCUGCGUGCAAAUACCUCGGAAAAUCGUAUGGGAUUCCAGUUGCGUUACGCCAGUGUGGAACAGGGCAUGUUACAACGGCUGGUAAUUCAACGAAAUCAAAACGCUACGUGCGAUCCGUCUAUUGAAUGGCCGUGUCCAUCACGUUCUGGUAAAUCGAAUGUAUGCAUUCUGAAAGAGUGGAGGUGUGAUGGUUUUGACGACUGCCCUGGAGCGACCGACGAGGAAGGCUGCCUGCGAGGCCGUGAUUUCCCUCGGAGCCCAUUGCCCAGGUUGACGAAGCGUUCCAUUGAAAACGAUCCGGAGGACUGGGGACGGGUUGUCAACGGACAACCCGCUGCACAAGGCGAAUGGCCGUUCAUAGUUUCGUUGCGUUGGUCUGGAAAUGGUGGUCACGUUUGCGGUGGCAGUCUGAUAAGCCCCCAGUUGGUACUUACCGCCGCUCACUGUGUGCAACCAAUGCCUGACCCAGGUCAGUGGUUCGUAGAUGUUGGACGAUACUACAAGGAUAGUGGCGGUGCUGAAGUUCAACGUCUUCACGUGGCUAGGGUGAACAUUUACCCGCGCUAUGAUCCAACUCGCAUCGUCAACGACAUUGCACUGUUGCAGCUAGCAACCCCUGCAAACCUACAAAGUGGGCACGUGCGAACAGCGCCAGUUGUCCGUAGCGCAGCAAUGGCCAACUCGCUGGCUGAGAAUACGCAAUGUAUUGUGGCUGGUUGGGGAGAGACACGCAACACCGGAUCGAACACCGUACUCCGGCAAGCCACGGUGCCAGUAAUAAACUUCAAUCUUUGCAAGUCUUGGUAUGCAACGUUAACUCAGGUCAGUUUCUGCGCAGGCUACCAACAAGGCGGUGUGGAUGCGUGCCAGGGUGACAGUGGAGGACCACUUCUGUGUCAAAUUGGAGGCCAAAGACUCUUAGCAGGUGUCGUGUCAUGGGGUAGCGAUUGUGCAAAACCGCACCAGCCAGGAGUGUACACGAAUGUAGCGGCUUUCGCUAACUGGUUUGCCAAUUUGCUCUAAUUUCUUGAUUGUUCCGUUGUAAACGACUGCUAGCAACAUUAGUAAUUGGGCAUUU